ACUUCUCAACCACAAACCAAAGAGAAAUUAGAACAAAUGCUUGGUCUACUACUAUCCACACGACCAGAGUGUACGAGCCUCCUAGACCCUUCUAAUCUUAACCUAUUCUUCAGCCUCUUCAUCCUCGCUGGAAUCCUGAUUUCGUACCUGCCCCAACACCACCGAAUAAUAUCUCGAGGCACCUCCGAGGGGAUUAGUCCCGUGUUCUUACUCCUCGGUGUGACUAGCGGAACAUGCGCUUCUGCGAAUAUCUUGAUCCUGAGUAGGGGUGUGCUUGCGUGCUGCGGGAAGGGUAUUGGCAGGUUUAAUUGCUUCGCCGCGAGUUUGGGCGUUGUACAAGUUGGCACGCAGUGGUCCUGUUUUGGGGUCAUAUUACUCCUAUUCCUCGUUUACCCCCCGCGAGAUAUUAUACCCGCUCCAGCAACUUCUCGUUUCGCUAUACCAAAGACUCAAUCUGCACUUACAGUCGCAGUCCUCUCCGUAGCGCACCUCGUCGUUGUCGCUUUGCUGACGUUCUACUUCUCGCUCUUAUCUCCUCCAGCGUCUUAUCCGGCUCGCUCUGACACAAGCGUCCCCUCACAACUCACCGCUUGGGCAAAUUUCCUAGGCAUUCAGUCUACGGUCCUAGCUUCUCUACAGUACCUCCCACAAUUAUACACCACCUGGACGCUUAAGCAUGUCGGAUCGCUUAGUAUCCCCAUGAUGUGCAUUCAGACGCCUGGGUCAUUCAUUUGGGCGAUUAGUCUUGCCAGCCGGCAGGGAACCAAAUGGAGUAGCUGGAUCACAUUUGUUGUUACGGGAGUGCUCCAGGGUGUGCUGUUGGUUAUGUGUAUUAUUUGGGAGCUCAAGGACCGUAAAGAGAGGAGGAGGAUGGUUGGGAGCGGCAAUGGCGCUGCAGUAGAGGACGAGAGAAGGCCCUUGUUGGCAAAUGAAACUUCAUAGGGGGCAAGGGCACGCACGAUUGGUUGAAAGCGGGUGCCGGCGCAGGCGGUAUCAGUUUUCUUGCAACCUAUUAUUGUACUAUUCUUCCCCUCGUUUUCUUACAUCCUCCGGACGGGUUGAUGGGCAUCAGAGUCUCGGCCCCUCACUAAAUAGGUCAUUUGGCACGCCCACCAAUCUGGCUCCUGUCACCUUCCCCCUUCCCCCAUUCACCACC